AUGUUUGCUCAAGUUUUCGCCAUUGCGAUAUCGUCUCUGAUUGGCUUGGUCGGUAUCAUGUACAUGGUAGAUCCAGCUGGCUCCAUGGUGGCCGCCGACAUUCACAUCGAGUCGCCCGCGGGGAGGACCGAGAUUCGUGGAAUAUAUGCAGGAAUUCACCUGGCUCUCUCAUCCUUCUUGUUUAUCAAUGUCUUUGGCGACGACAGCUUGGCCAUAUGCUUGCUGUUGAUUUUGUUGUUGUUUGGAUGGGCCGCGGCUGGCCGCAUGGUUGGGUUUCUGCAAGAAGGACUCGAUAAAAGUGAUAGAUACAACGUCAUUGUGACAAUCAUCGAAGUCGUCUUGUCUGCAACAUCCGCAGCUCUGUACGGUACUCAAUAA